UACUUAGUGUAACUUAAAACGUCGUUUUUAGACAAGUCGUAAAAAUGUUUCAACAUUGAAUUCCCUGUCAAACAAAGCAAAUUCUCAGUGAAGUUCUGAACAGUAAAUGUAGCUCUUGCUUAAAAAAGAAAACAUCUCUAGUGUUAGUGAUUUUAGUGGCGGUAAAACAAACAUGUGUCUUGAAAGUUAAAAGUGAUAGCUUCGGUGACUACCACUGGAUCGUGACAUACAGUGAAAGGUAGCGUGAAACCGUUGCGGAAGUUAGUAGAGUUUGUGGUGUAUCUAUACAUACGAUAUACGUAUCAACACGCCGGUGGCGUAAACUUAGUAAAACCAAGCUUUUAUUCGUUCAUUUCUGAUAAAUAGUGUCUUUCAUUCAAGUCUCAACAAAACCCUCACUAAAUUAGCUCUCCUGCACCCUGAGGGAUGACUUUGUCAGUACUGUCUGAGUCAGUGAUGAUGAUUACGAGGCAUUACGUAAGCAUAAGAUCAGAGGUAAAAGACUUUUUGUUCAAUAGGAGAUGACAGAUAGACAGAACUCAUUACAUUAGAGUGAGGUAACAUCUGCGUCCGUGUCUUCUUGAAGGCAAAGGUCAGUAAAACCCAAGACAACCUAUCCCACACACUUGGCUGGCUCUUAUCAUUGGGAAACUGGUGAACACUAUGCACAUUUGGCUUACUAUGUGAAUGACUUAAGAACGCUGUGUGUCAACUUGUGAUGAAACUAAAUUGAUUACUUGACAAGAAAUUCAUUUUAAUUUCAAUUAUUGAUUAAGCGUUUAGGGAUUUAACCAAGGCAAAUGUGAAAAUUAUUUUUCUUAUUCACUGUUUAGAACCUCAUUAAGAAUUUCAUAUUAUUUUAAACUAUGUAUUAAACUAAUUUUUAUUGUCACAUUAGGCUUUCAGAGCUCAUGAUGCACAUUUUAAACUAUUUUUUGACACUUAACUGGUUGAUCAAUCAAAGAAAAAAUCUACAGACUAAUACAUAAUGAAAAUAAUUGUCAGUUGCAGCCCUAGUGUCGACAACAUCAGCUUGAAUUUGUCUGAGAGGAAGUGAACUUAAAGGUUGUAAAGCUUGGAAUUAUUUACACUGUUGUGUAGUAUAGGAAUGUGUUUAAUACGUUAACAGUUUGCUGCUAGAGAUCACACAUUUAGUUCUUGUACAUCAGUAUUAACCCCACCCCCACCCAUCUUUCUCUUCUGUCCUCCCGUUACUGCCCUACAUUUUCAUUUUUCGCUACCAUUGUUUCCUCUGAGCGUCUAUUCCUCCUGCUUUCUAAAUAGAGCUGACCUGGCAGUUUCAGUGAAGCAUCACUCUAAAUCAUAUAUAAUUAGAAACGCCUGAAUGGGCACAGAAAGUGGUAAUAUACAUCAGAAGGCCUUUAGCUACUAACUCAUAAUUUACAUUUGCAUUGUUGGAUCAGUUACAUAGCAAAUCAGAUUGGAGUUUUUUUCUUACUAAAUAGCAAAGCUGAUUAGCUACAUCAACUCUAAUAGCUUCUCGUUAUGUUAGAUUACAUUGUUUUUCCACUGAGGCCUACCUUUCUGUCAUGUCCUUUUCCUAAGGCAGCACAGGCAGUGAUAUCCGUCAAAAUCUACAAGUUAUUUUCUUGCGUUCCUUCCAAGUUAGCUGGGCCUAUGAAAGAUUUUCCAGCGUUGACAGAGCAUGGCUGCCGGAGAGUCCCCUCAUCUCUGAUGGCCCAGAGAGCUGUGGUCAAGCCCAGAAAGAGUGUGGUCGAUCAGUUUGUGUGUGUGUGUGUGUGUGUGUGUGUGUGUGUGUGUGUGUGUGUGUGUGUGUGUGUGUGUGUGUGUGUGUGUGUGUGUGUGUGUGUGUGUGUGUGUGUGUGUGUGUGUGUGUGUGUGUGUGUGUGUGUGUGUGUGUGUUUUCAUGCCAAACGUGUUUGAAUAGCCUGUCCAACCCUUUCAGAAACUGCUGGUCUGGCUGUCAUGUGCAGUGCAAGUGGGGAAGUAUGAAUUCAGUGUGACAGGAGAGUGUGCAUGUAUAGCGUGAGAUAGAGGAGGCAUUAGUGUGUGACUGAAUAUACUAGGACUCUCUCAUAGAUUGCUAUAUUUUGCAUCCUAGCUCAGAAUAGAGAGGACGAGAGUGCUGUCAUCUCUGAUAACCACUUAUCUGAUGUAGCUUAGCAGCUAGGAUAGUCAACUAUACAAACUUUUGUAGCUACGUCUCUUUUUCUUGGCCAAAGCCAACAAAAUAUAGGCUCACAGCCAUGGACAGAUAUGGGGGUGAGGUUAAGUAGCUUGAGCCGUGAGAGGCAGCCAAGCAUUAUGGUGGAUGGAGAUGACAGGUUCCUGUGGUGGAAAUGGAGGUAAACUGUUCCUGAGUUCCUGUGGUGGGACAAGCCUUUAUAGAGGUGACGUAUGGCAGAGGGGAGGUCAAGGGAACACUGCCUGGUUGAGAAGGGACAUCUGCAUCCUUCCCUGUGGUCCCAAACCAUGAAUAUUGUGGGCCAGUUAGCGGAGACAGUGUUUGUGACGGUGAAGGAGCUGUACCGUGGCCUUAACCCCGCCACUCUCACCGGAGGGAUCGAUGUCAUUGUGGUUCGACAGCCUGAUGGAUCGUUCCAGUGUUCCCCCUUUCACGUCCGCUUUGGCAAGCUCGGUGUGCUGCGCUCCAAGGAGAAAAUUGUGGACAUUGAGAUAAAUGGCGAAUCAGUUGACCUGCACAUGAAGCUCGGAGACAAUGGAGAAGCUUUUUUUGUGGAAGAAAAUGAAAAUAUGGAGUCCCAGGUCCCGGCCCAUCUGUGCACCUCCCCAAUUCCUCUUGAGGUCCCUGAGGAGAUAGAGGAGACCCUUGAGGGAGCCUCUGUCGCCGGGUCUGGGGCUCGCAGGAAGAAACGCCGUCGCAAACGCAUGCGCUCUGAUACUCACCUGAGAGACGACAACUCUUCAUCAGAAGAGAGAGAAAGAGAGAGGGAGUGGGAGAGAGGAGAAAGUAGUCAGGCUGGACAGGAGGGUCCAGCUCAAGAGGAGCUUCUCUCACCAUUACACGUCAGUAAAUCGGUGUACUACUCACUGUCUGAGGAGCCAAAUGAGGAGUCGGGGGGCACCCAGACCAGAGAUGCUCACCCACACUCAGAUGGAGAGCAGUCACCCUCGGAAAGCAGUGUGUUUUACAGUCGGCCAUCCUCUCCCAAGAGCGACUCUGAGCUUCUGGUUAAAUCCCAAGAGUCCUCUGGGCCUCAGAUACAGUGGCACUGGGGAGGCUUUCCGAUGCUGUGUCAAUCAGAGAGGACAUCAGUGGAGUUGCAGCGCAUCUCACCUUCAGGCAGUUCUCAUUUCCGCACCAUUGAGAGACAGGACUCCUUUGAUGGCUUGGAGCCUGUGAUCAGCUGUGGCAGAGUGGGCAGCGUAACAGUGGUCCGACCACAACCCAGGACCCACUCCCUAGACCUAGGUAGCCACGCCAUCCAAACCACCCCUUUAUCCAAUGAUAAAAACUCUAAUAUUGCCCACUCUACCCCCAGUGACCUCUUCGAGUCCUGUGCAUCAUCAGGGAAGACAGACGUGGACUCAACACACACAAUUGAGUCCACAUCAGGAGAGAAGGAGAACAGAGAGUCAUCUUCUUAUUCUGCUAGUCUAAUUAAUGGCACUGAUUCCCUCAAUAGCAAAGAAAGCACAGCCAAUGUUCAUCAUGUUAGCACUGUGACUGGUACAGUUAGUACAAUUAAUGCGGCCAGUGUGAGCAAACAAGACAUCAAACAGAAAGAACUAAAAGAUAGUGAAGACGGCACAGUCACAACAAGAAGCCCAGGUAGUACAGAAUCACCAAAUCUACAACAGCAGGGUGCUUCACCUGAACAAAGUGAACAGGGUUCGACCAGUAGUGCCCCUGUCAGUGAGGGGGACAGUGGAAUAGAUCCCUUUGCUGAGGGAGGGGAAGACGACAGUGCACCAAAAGCUGAAGUGGGAGCUGCCGGGGCCGACUGGACAGCUGCAGACGGGUUCGCAAACUCUUCUGACGCAUCUACAAAAGUGGAGCAACAGGGCAAAAAGAAAGGUAAACGUAAUCACCAUCUAGGACCAACAGAUAUUUACUUGGAUGAUCUGACCUCGCUGGAUCCAGAAGUGGCUGCACUCUACUUCCCCAAGAGUGAGACAGAGGGAGCAUCUCAGCAAGGGGCAGAGCAGGGUUCAUGCUCAGGAAGUCAGUCACCUCAGUCAGUGGGCAGUGGAGCCAUGGACAGCGGCACAGAGUACUUGUCAGAUUCCACCUCCUACAGCAUGGAUGUCAGCAUGUCCCUCUGUGGACAAGAGGGCGACACCAGCCAAAUCACCAAGGAAAAGUUUAUGGAGCACAUUGUGACAUACCAGGAUUUUGCCAACAAUCCAGGGAUCAUUGAGGAUCCAAGUCUUGUCAUCUGCAUCAAUUCCAACUAUUAUAACUGGGCAGUGGCUGCCCCAAUGGUUUUGUCAAUGACAACUUUCCAGAAAAACCUGCCCAAGAGUACAAUAGAGAGGCUGGUGAAAGACAAGAUGCCCAAAAAGUCUGGACGUUGGUGGUUCUCCUGGAGGAGAAGAGACAUGGACAAUAACCAGCAAAAACACUCAAAGGAGGAGCAAGAGGAGCCACUGGUCAGUGUUUCUACCACAGUAAAAGCCACACUGGAUGACAUCGAAAGUGAUGAGGCAGCAGGACUAGGCCGAAAAGCCAUCCUCCCUUCAAGCCAAUCAACAGAAACCCUCAGUGCCACCCAGUGUAUCAGCCAGAUGUACCGCAAAUCACUACGCCUGACCUCUGAACAGAUAGAGCACUUAAACCUGCGUGAGGGAGCCAACAAGGUGGUGUUCAGCGUGACCACGCAAUAUCAAGGCACCUGUCGCUGUGAGGCCGCCAUCUACCUGUGGAACUGGGACGACCGAGUCAUCAUAUCAGACAUAGAUGGCACCAUCACUAAGUCUGAUGCUCUGGGACAUAUUCUACCUCAGUUUGGAAAAGACUGGACACACAAAGGCAUUGCCAAGCUGUACCACAAAAUACACCAAAAUGGCUAUAAGUUCCUGUAUUGUUCAGCGCGGGCUAUAGGUAUGGCUGCCAUCACUAAGGACUACCUGCAAUGGGUCAAUGACAGAGGCACUGUCCUCCCUAAAGGCCCUGUACUGCUGGCUCCCAGCAGCCUCUUUUCAGCAUUACACAGAGAAGUGAUUGAGAAGAAGCCGGAGGUGUUUAAAAUUGCCUGUCUCGGUGACAUCAGGGACCUUUUCAACCCGCAGCGGCAGCCUUUCUACGCUGCCUUCGGCAACAGGACUAAUGAUGCUUAUGCCUAUAAGCAGGUUGGAGUGCCUGACACCAGGAUAUUUACUGUCAACCCAAAAGGAGAGCUCAUCCAGGAGAAGACUAAAGGCAACAAGUCUUCGUACAACCACCUCAGUGAACUGGUGGAACAUUUCUUCCCUGUGCUCUGUGCUGAGGGCAACGGGUCCUCUGCUUUUGACUGUCCUGACUACAGCAGUUUCUCCUACUGGAAGGAGCCUCUGCCAGAACUGGACCUGGAUUCACUACUGUAGACACACACUCACAUGUACUAAAACGCACAUAUGCACAUGUUGUAAGGCAGGGGCAUAAGCACAUAUACUCUUCUUCUUUCUCUUUCUCUCAUUUCCCAGAAAGGCUUUUCAAAUGAUUUUUCCCAGCAUGCCUGAUUAUUGCCUUUGAUGGACCUGCCAACUGUAGAGCCUGUUUUAUGAGCCACUGGACAAAACUGGAACAUAAAGAGGCACCUGUCCCUUUUUACACUGCACUCAAAGACAGAGCCAAAUUAAGUUAUAAUAUGCAUGGACUCUGCAUUUCAAAAUAAGUGCAGAAACCGUUAUGCAUUCAUCUCAGUGCCCUUACACUGACUACAUGCUAUAGAUUACAAUGAACAUGUACACAAAUGGACCAAUAUGACUUUAAACUGUUUCCGUUUUUUUGUUACUGUGUGCACCAGUGUCAUAGUCAUUCCAAAAAAUGAAUUUAAGCAGUGUAUUGGCAUGAUAGCUAACACUGAUACACAUUUCAACUCUAAGCUUGGACCAAAAAUAUAUCUGUACAGAAAUAGGGAAAUUAAGCUGUAUUAGAAAAUAUUAAGCGAUGCUUAAAUUCCUGCAAAUGCCAAAACUGUGUAACUACUAUAGCCUGCUUUCUGUGACUGACACUUCACUUUCAGUGCACUGCUUAACAGACCCAGGUACACAAGACAAACCUAUUAUCCCUUAUUCGUUGGAGAUUAUUGACAGCAGAGAAUGUCUUUGGGUUUGACCUUAAUAAGUAUGAGAUAGCUGGAGUUUGCCCUGAUCUUUGUUGAGCAAUGAGUGUUUUUAAGUAACAUUAGCCUGGGAGUGAAAACUCCUUGGAGCUCUGGAUGGUACGGAAGAAUUUUUGUAUCAUAACUACCAAGUCAAAGCUGAAUAUGGAGUAAGAGUUGGUUGUAAAGUAUAAUAGAAUUAUUUUCUUUCAGUUCAUGAAAAUUUCAUUACAAGUGGAUCUGAGCAUAGGAUGAUCAUUGUGGAAUUACACAAAGCACAUUUCACACAUAUUCCUUCCAGAUACUGCACCACCAAGUUUAGAAAUGUUUGUACACUACAGGAAGGAGGAGAUGGGUCAGACUGAGGUCACUUUUACUCCAGAUUUGUAAACAGUUAAUGAUUUAGCCUGAUGCCGUGCCUUUAUGCUACAAUGACACUGUUAUAUUUAUUAUUUUUGCAUAUCUUUCAUCAUCCAACUGUGUGGAGAUGGAUUUACUUUUGAAAGUAAAUGUAUAGAAAUAUAAAUUAAAUUAAAACACAA